UCUGAUCAGACACAAAAACGAAAAAAGAGUCUCGAUUUACAGAGAGAGAGAGAGAGGGGGAAGGGGGAGAGAUCAGAGAGUGUGUGUAGAAGGUGGGUCUUCUUAUUUUUCUGGUUUAGUACAGUGAUUUUUGGGGAAGAGAAAGAUAGCUGCGGAGAAGAAUUGAAAUGCGAAGCAAUUUGAAUGGAAGAAGAAGCUUUAUGGGUUCGUAUAUGAACAAGUAAGAGUUGAAAAAACAUUUGGGUUUUCUCUCUACUUUCUGAAUCUGAAUUUUGAAUUAAGUUUGGUGUCGUUGGGUUCUGUAUAUUUUUCUAAUUUCACUCUUCUUUCGAGCUUAAAAAUCUUUUCUUUAAUCCCAAUUUCGUAUGGGGAUAUAUUUGAACUUGAAGUGGGUAGCUUAAAGCUUUACUUUUUUGGCAACGGGUGGCAUUUUCUGUCUGCUUUAGGUUUUGCCCUGUAAUUUUGCAAGGCAAUUUGAACUUAUUGAAUUGGGGAUUGGGGAUUGAGGGUUUUCUUGAGCUGCGAUUUUGAUUGGUUCGAACAUUGGACUGAGAAAGAAUUUGAAAAUUUUCGAGUUUUGGAGGGAGAGUUAGUUGAGAAUUAUGGAUCUCUAGCUGGGGUGUCAACCCCUUUAAUAGUUAUACUGUUGUAAGUUGGAAUUUUGGAUAUGGGUUUUGAUUCAGCAUUGCUUGAAUUGCUGUUGGAAGAGUACAAUCUUGUUUCCACUAUGGGUUUUUGGAAUUGGGGAAAACCCUAAUUUAGUGGGGGAUUUGGAUUACUGACUUCUUGUGUUACUUGAAAAUAGUGGAAACUUUGUAAUCUUUGCUUGUUGUGUAUAGACUUUAUGUGUUGACAGAGAUGCAGCCGCCACAUCAGCAUUCGCGAAUCAAUCUUGUUGAACUGAAAGCUCAGAUAGUGAGGAAACUUGGACCUGAGAGGUCUAAACAGUACUUUUAUUACUUAAAUAGGUUAUUGAGUUUGAAAAUAAGCAAGGUUGAGUUCAAUAACCUUUGUCUUAGGAUAUUGGGUAGAGAGAAUAUUACAUUGCAUAAUCAGUUCAUUCGUUCCAUUUUGAGAAAUGCUUGCAGCGCAAAAGUUCCACCGCCAACUCAUGAGACUGAUGUUUCGAAGCCUGGUGCAGCAGUUGGCAGUAAUGAGCCCCUAAGUGAUGCUUAUGAGCAAAAUGGAUCACAUGUUUCCUCAAGCCAGGCUUCAAGUCAACCAGGUUUGUCUAAUGGAGAUAUUCUCCCAUUAUCUCCUCGAAAGGUUAGAACAGGCUAUCGUGAUCGUAGGACUGGGGAUCGUUGUAGUGCGCUUAGUCAAAAUGGGAAGACCAAUUUCACUUUUCAACAACCGACAGCAACAGAAUCAAGUUUCGAUGUUAUGGAAAAUGGGGAUAUCAAUCCCUCUGAUUCACGGAGGGCUGUGCAGCAUUAUCAAGGACUCUUGCAGCAGACUGAUGAUGAAAGGGAGGCAUCUGGUCAAGAAACUGGUAGAUUUUCUGUAAUAAAGGGAUCACAGGAAGGUCCAGCUUCAGUAUAUAACAAAGUCCAUGUUAGAGAUGACGGGAAAGAGAUGCAUGCAAGGAGUCAGCUUCAAGCUCCACUUGGGGUUCCAUUUUGCCCUGUUAGUGUUGGUGGAGCACGUAAAGCAUUGCCUUUGGCAACAAAUAGUAAAUGUGUUACCUCUUCUAGUUAUGGUGCUUUGUUGGAUAGUGUAUCACUGAAGGAACGCAUGGAGCAGAUUGCUGCAGAACAAGGCCUUGAAGGAGUGGCCAUCAGUUGUGCCAACUUGUUGAACAAUGGAUUAGAUUCUUACUUAAGAGGUUUAAUUCGAUCUUGUGUUCGACUUGUUGGGGCAAGGUCAGGGCACGAGCCUGUAAGAAACAACACCAAAAAGCAGCAGACCCAUGUGAAGCUCGUCAAUGGCCUUAGACCCGGUCUUCAUUCUCAGAUAAGUACUGGUAGACCUUCAGAAGUCAUGCAAGAACAUGCUCCCAAUAACUUGAUAUCAUUGCAAGAUUUUAGGGUUGCCAUGGAACUGAACUCCCGGCAACUUGGCGAAGACUGGCCAUUGCUUCUAGAAAAAAUUUGUUCACGCGCUUUUGAAGAAUAAGCCAUACGUGAACUUUGUUAUCUUCUCAAAGUUUCUGCGCAGCUGCAACAUUACAGCUUUUUUGGCCCUUUUGAAUCAGUCAACAACUCUUUUGGUUAAUGUUGUCUCUUGAAGAUGAUAUGCAUGGAGCCCGGAUAUUUAUCUCACCUACUACAGGGCUUAACUUUGCCAAGAGAGUCUACAUUUCUUAGCAACCACUGAAAGGGACUUGAAGAAAGAAACACCCACGUCGGUUGUGCUGUUGUAUGAUUAGCAUAAUUAUUUUUUGGAUAUUUACCGCAUUCUCCCUCCUGUAAUUUAAAGUAAAGAGCAAAUUUGGCACAAGUUUUGCAGGAAUAAUUGUGUAGCCUAGGACUUCAGUAGAAAGGUGAAACUAGAUAAUGCAAGAAUUGCUGUGUAUCUUCAACAUCAAGAUUGAUUGAACUUCAAUAUUAACAACACGUUUUCACCAGUAGGUUUACAUCUUAUGAUUUUUAUUUCUAGAUUAAUGUUCAUUGGGUCUAUGGCCCGCUUUUGUAUUUCAUGUUUCCUUACUGUGUUAAUUGUAUAUCCAGAAGAGUUUCAUUAUUUGAUUCUCUCAUAAGCCAUGAUGCUAAAUGUAAAGUGGUUAUUAAAUUGUUGAUAUUCCGUGAUCUAUUAUAGUCUGCACUGAGCGAAUUGUCACUGGUGUGUUAUGUAGAACAUGCUUAAUAGGAUCAAAGAAAUCAUGAUAUAUAUCUUAACUCAGACAUCCAUUUCAAUUGCAUAUCCCAUUUUGCAUAGCAGGGUUAUGAAAAUCCACAAGAAGCGACUGGGGUUAUCAUAUGUGCCAAUUUCCAUUUAGCUAAUAUGCCUAAUUUUAGGAUGACUGACCCUUUUAGUCUAGUUCAUAUAAUUUUUCUCUCAGGAGCUAGAGGAAAUGCAUAUCAGGUACAUCAAUUAUUAGGUAUGCCCACUUUUUGACUUACUGAUAAUAAUGUUAUUAUUUUGUGCUGCUUAACUAACUUGCAGUGAUUUGGCAGAUGUUCAAGAUUCCUUUUUUCCCCAUUGCCUCAAAAUUUGGUAUGAGUUCAAUUAAGUUCCUGCAAUAUACUGCUGCUUCAUUUAGUCAUUUCUUUUUUCCCAGAAAGAUUUGAAAAUACUUUGUUUUAUUCAUUAUGUUCAUUGACCAAGUUUACUUACUUCCGUGGUCUGAUUUUUUUCUUGCUCUAGAUGGUCAAUCUUUUUUUUGUUUUUUAAACAAAAGUAAAUUUAGUUCAUGCACUAGGUAGUCAAUGUUAAAGCAUGAAUGGUUUAAUGUGCAUUUCUUCAUGAUAUUCGGUGUAUUUAUCACUUGGUUAUAUUAUUUUCUGGCUUAUUUGGGUUUCAUUGAGGCGUAGUUGCUGCUAUAUUCAAAGUGGCCGAUUUUGUCAGAGAAUCAGACAGUUGAGCUGGUCUAAAAGAUGAGUUCAAAUCCUUAACAUAAAAAAAGAAAAGAAAGAAAUGAGCUAGUUCCCAUCCUGAGCUGGAAGAUGAAGUGACCCCAUUCAAAGAAAUGUGGUAGUGGUGGACAGGUGGAGUGCCUAGAAUGGAAGUUAGAACAACAUACAGGUAAAUUUUGUUCUGAAGAUGGAGUAAAAGUUGGAAAUAGAGCAGAAAAUUGCUGAUGAUUUUUCUUCCCAAGACAAACUUUACCUACCGGAAAUUAGAAAAAGGUCAGAAGAAAGUUGAUCUUUUUCCUUAUCUCCCUACCUAUAUGUCUUUUAGCUCCGAGUACUUGAAUUUUUCUUUUAAGAAAAUGUCUCUUUUUCGACCACUUGAAUUUUCUUUUAAGAACUGAACACAUGCAUAUCUUCUCUGGAAGCUGAUAUUUUUGUUUUUUAUGUAUCUGGCUGUAUUGUAAGUUUCUCUUCCUUAUUGAUUGGCUCUGUCUUUAAGAUUAUGCGGUUCAUGUGAUAUCUCUAUGUACUUGUCCUAAUACAACUUGAACUUAUUCUUGAUAGAAGUAUUGCAAAAUUAUAGGAUCUGGAUAUUUGAAGUUUUACCAAUCUGCCUGCUAAUGAUCAUCCACUAUUGCUGUUGUGUCUUCUGUGCAUUUCCAAGUUAAAGGAUUUGUUGUCAAAUUCCAUUUCGUUCUGCAAUAAUUGAUUCAAUUACUAAUCAUAGUCUUCAAUAUCUUAUGCUCCUUUUUGUAAGAGAUUUGCAGUCACCCAGUAAUUCUAGAAGAAAUUUGAUUUGGGGUAGCAUAGCUAGUGGUAGAGCUAUUCCAGCAUGCCAGGUCUUUGGUUGAUCAUGGAAAAUUUCCAUUUGAGAGCUAUUCCAGCACGCCAAUAGGUCUUUUGUUGAUCACGCCAAUAAGAAUAAUUGCCAGAGUUGGUCAGUGACUCCACAGUGCAAUAAAAGGUGACUGUUUUUCUCUGGUCCUUCCAACACAAAUAACAUCUUGAACCUAGCUUAAUCCUCCUCCUCUUCAAAUUAUCUUGGGUCAGACAGGCUUCUUUGACAACAAGCCAAACAAAACAAGCCACUGUUUAAGGAAUUUCCAGUCUUCAUGUGUUCCAAAAUCCAAGAAUUAACUUGUUCUCCUAAUACAAGUGAGUGCAUAAUAGGUAGAUUUAAUUGUAUAGUUGCCUUUGCUAUGCCCUCUGCCAUGACAAUAUGUCCUCAUGUUUAUAAAUGCAUUUUAAUUGAUCCAUUACUCUUACAAAAUUUAGCUACUCUGUUGAUUUCUCAAUCAAUUGGUAGUGUUCUAAAGCUCAGGUUUAAUCACUGUUGACCUCAUAGUUUGCUAACAGCUGUCCCCUUGUUACUGACAGGUUGAAGAUGUAUGGGGAUAAUGCUUUAGAGACCCUUCCCAUUCCUCACUUUAAGACUGGUUGGCACUGAAGGAGGGCUAAAAAGCUCUGUUUGACCUCUAUAUACUAAACCCAGAUAGUGUAGUUACCCCUAUUUUAAAAAGAGUCAACCCGGUGCAAUAAGCUGGGCUAUACGCAGGGUCUGGGGAAGGGCAGGACCAUAAGGGUCUAUUGUACGCAGCCUUACCCUGUAUUUCUGCAAGAGGUUGUUUCCACAGCUCGAACCCGUGACCUCCUGGUCACAUGACAACAACUUUAUAGGCUCCCCUUCUAAUCUGAGACAAAACUUCAGGUGAGUGGGUGUUCUCCAGUAUAGAUUACAUCCCCUUUCUGCACCUUCCUGUCCCAUAAUAUAAAAAUUCCCUGAUCUACCAUUUGCCUCUAAAAAUCUGGGCACUGUCUCAGAGGGAGGCUCGGUGAAAUAGACAUGUCUGUGAAGAUGCAGGCUACCUGCACCUGCACUGAAAGACCCUAUGAAGCUUCACUGUUCCCUGGGAUUGGCUUUGGGGAUUUCCUGCACAGCUUAGGUGGAAGGUGAACAAGGCAUCCUUCCGGGGUGGGGAUGGGGGGGAGCCAUCAGUGAGAUACCACUCUGGAAGGGCUAGAAUUCUAACCUUGUGUCAGGACCUACAGACCAAGGGACAGUCUCAGGUAGACAGUUUCUAUGGGGCUUAGUCCUCCCAAAAGGUAACGGAGGCUUGCAAAGGUUUCCUCGGGCCGUCCAAUCUUUUGAUUAAGGGGGAUGAGCCAUCUGCUAAGGAUUACCUUAAGGCUAGUAAUAAACUCACUUCCGAUGAGCAGGAAUGUGUUUGCCCACAUAUCUUUAACAAAAGGUUCGAUAUUUCCUUCUAGCUUUGUUUCCUAAAAGCAGUAGAUGUUUGCUUUCCAUUGUGAGCUAAACUUUUCUUCACCCUUCUUUUUUGUCCUGCUAUUUGGCCCCUUUCCGUUCCAUGUGAUGAUGUUCAGCUUCAUG